CAUUAUUGAAUAUAAUUCUAAGAAGAUCUUUUUAUUAUUUUCAAUUUAUCGGUUUGAAUAAUCUAUCAUACGGAGCAUAAUUAACAAACCAUUAGGACUGUGUUUCACAACACCAUUUCUGUAAUUUGUUAAAUACACUUGGAGAAAUGUUUGCUGAUCUAUACAAUAGUUCAUGGAUGCAUAACUCACGUAGUAAAGUUACAACUAUAUUGAACGGCAGUAAUAUUUCUGCUCUAUCGGAGUAUACGAAAAGGGUUUUUCUAAUUCUUGGAAUUGAAAUAGCUAUUACACUUUUGAUCAUCAUAAUCUUAUCAGUGUUGGAGACAGUUCAAAAUACACAGAAUCCAUGGACAGAUUUACCUUGGAUAUUGAUAUGUUUUGCUUUUGUGUUAGGAAUGUUGAUUAUAUUCGAUAAAGCAAUAACGAAUAAUUAUCCACUCAGUGUUGGUCUUCUGAUUAUUCACUCGAUAUUGAUCGGUUUUGCGAUUGGAAUUUCGAUUUGGAAAGUAUGCGUCUACUUGAAAAUUGCUGCCAUCGCAAUCACUUUGAUAUCUUUUAUUUGUUCCAUAUUCAUUGGAGGCGCAGUCAAAACACGAUUAGCCGAUCAUUUCUUGUUUAUUCUAAUAAAUAUUGUGAUUGUUUCCAUUGCUUUUGUUGCAGCUGGAACUGUGUUUUAUGUUUUAGAGCGUCAGGCUGCACUGGUCGCUCUCGAAGUAGGUGCUGAUAUAAUACUAUUCCUUAUAACAAUCUGUUUCACUCAAUUUACUGUUGGAAAUUAUCCACUGAGUGUCUUCUCUCCAUAUUGGACGUUAGCAGCAUUAAUAAUGUAUGCUCUGUUUUACACCAAUUUGUCAAAUAAUUUAUAUUUGGCUGAAAGUAUACAAAAAGUCACUCAGAACAAUGCUUCUUUGAAGUUUUAUUGUUUAUAAGAUGAAUGUGAUCGUUUUUCGACAUAAUUCAUGUUCGCGUUCAUAUGGAUUCACAGUAAGAUUUCCAAUUCAGACAUUUCCAAACAUUCCAAUUUUGUUCCAUCUAUAAUAAAAUAUAAGUUGAACAGAAUUAUAUCUCGUGAUUAUUUCAUUGUCUAUCAGAGAUUGGAAAAUCAAUCUGUGAUAUAUAGAAAGGUACUGGGUUCGAUUCCCAGAGUGAACAUCAACUCAGAAAUGCAGGUACAUCCAUCUAACGAGUCCCAAAUAGGACGAAAUGCGCAUCCUGGAUUCCACUGCUAGCCUCUAUCCAUCUUUGCUUACCAUGCUUGUGAAUUUAGGCUAUAUCAAGGCAAUACGCACAGUAUGCACAUAUGCCGAUGAGAGACUGACCGGUUGCUGUCCUGAAAACAUCAAUGGGAAGAUCCAAGUAAACAAUACUAAGUAAAUUUUCAAUUUAGUUUGUUGCUGAACAUUAUUGAGUUUGUUAGUUCACAACACAAAUUCAUUGUCCUAGUUUUGAUAAUUUUCUAAAUAAGUUGGGUUUGUGGUGUAGAUGAUAGUUUAGUGUAAUUGAGUAUUCAUCAUCAAAUAUUCGUGAUUUCACCAUUUUUGAUAAUGAUUAUUUUCAUCACUCAGCUAUUACAUAUCAUAACUAUCGAUUCCCAUCACUAAUGUAGAUAUCCUGCUUCAAUGCUCACAUCAAUAUUGACAUGAAUCGCGAGACCACGAUCAAGAGUGAAUAGUGUAUCUCACCACCGAUAUGACUAGAUAACUGGUGGUAAGAAGUCUAGCAAAUCGCUUAUAGUCAACCAACCGUUAUUUACAGACGCUACACUCGUUUCUGACGUCGAAUAAAGAAUCGCUGGUACAAUUCUUUAAAAAUACCAUAGAUGACCAAUAUAACAAACACAAAUUUGAUACAUAUACUGAGUCAUUGAUCAUCCAAAUAUUUACGUCUUCGAUUAGCAGAUUUAUUCCAAACAAGAACGUGAAAGGAAUAUAGUGGUCGUCGAGAAAGAAAUUCAAUACAAAAUUGACACUGCCAGACUCCAUUUUCAAAAAUGAGUAUCUAAUGAAACUGAUAUUUUACAUCAGUGGUAAUAUCACACUUUAUAGACUAGUCUGCUUACAAAAUUUACUUGAUGCUGAUGUGAGCAUGAUAGAAUUCUCAUUCUGCGUGUGAAUGUACAAACAAAAUGAUGACUUAUUUCAGCAUUCAAUUUAAAUAAAAUCAAUAUGUCACAUGGAAUUCAACAGUUAACUCUGUUUAUAUUGGAUACACGUAAACGAGAUCGCAAGGUCAUUCCAGUCAUUAUGCCUUAGCGUUUGCACGAAAGCUGAUAAUAGUAGAUUCAACUCAGACUUUUCGUGAAAGUGAAGACUAGUACCCUAGUCAAUGUUAUAGCAUCUGAAAGCGAUUUGAGUUCUGAAACAAUGAAAUUAUAUUUGAACUGAUUACGCGACGACGUAUUCACGUUUAUUUAUUCUACCUGAAAAUCAAGUCUUCCAAUAUGAUAGAUACGAUUUUCUUCAAUAUCAUCCCUUAGGUUUUGUCAGGUUUUUUCAUGUUUCUGUAAACGUGUCAUUACCAUUUGAGUUUAUUUCUAAAUUACAUGAAGGUAAUCAAGUAAACGGACUGGUCUUCAAGACUUUAGCUCAAAAUAUUUCUCGUAUAAUUUAUUCAUUCAUCAAUCGUGUUCCAUGGAACAGAAAUAGGUACAGGACGUUUAACAAAGCAGUUGAUACAUGAAUUAAACAUUUACCAAACUAAAAUUUUAGUUGAAUGUUAAAUAACGGUUAUUCAUAAUUUUUCCAAAACUUAAAAACAAGAACAUAAAGACUACAUUAUUAUCACUCAUUCUACAGAAUGCAAAUACCAAACGAAUAUCUGACAGAUCGGAUUAACUUUAACCUCAAACGUUGUUUACUAUCAUUUAUUCCAGUAGCUAACUGACAACCCAGUUCACCGCUCUAAUCAGCUUCAUUUUGGCUAAAAGGCUAACAAAACUUCUCCCUCAAGAAAUACUAGUUUAUAAUGUUAUGAGGUAACAAUCAAAUUGCUGAGUAAAUUUUCAUCGUACAAUUUUAUUUGCCAGAAAUUUCGUGACACUGAAGUCAUGAAAUGAUACCAAAAUUCGUAGGUUUAAAUGAAUAACAAAUGUUAUGUUUUAUACGAAUAUUCGUCAAGCUUGGAACCAAAAGCUUGACAAACAUUGGGCGCCGAGUAUAGGGAAGUCAUUGUAUGAGAAAGAUUAUAUUUGAAAUAUUCACAGCGAGUGAAAUUUAAAUAAUUCCAACGUUUCGUUCAGCCAACUUGUCUGGACAUCUUUAAGGGAAUAAUCACACAAAAGAAGUCUGUUUCUGUUACAAAAUAUUUUACUUUACAAACUUUUGAUCAAAGCCUUCCAUAUUCCUAAAUACAAUGAAAAAUGAAUGAUUUAAAUUGUCUAUCAAGGAUAUGUAGAUUGCGCAGAAAUUGUUCGGAAAUCACCCUCAGGAAGAAACAACUAUCUAUUUGAGUUAAGGAACGACCAAACACAUGGUGAGGUUUUCAAAUAUUAUCACAGAAAUUAAUCGAUUAACACUGGUUUAUCACUCUAUAUAUUACUAAGAUUUCGGCCAUUGGAAUAAGCGAGUUUUGGGGACAUGCUUAGGGAGAAUUAUACAAUGUGUUCUUUUCCAAUGUUAAAACCAGUGGUUAAUGUUUCAAUAUUCAACCAUGAUUAAAAGUCAUUGUAUUUGCUCAAACUAAACCUGAGAUCAUUUUGUUAGUUUGUAGAAGUGAAAACAUGAAUAGGUUCAAUAAUCAUUAAAAUUCCAACAACUUACCUCGAUCUAGUGAUAAAUAGAAUGUUGUAAAAAACCUUUAUGAGAUGCUUUUCAUGAAAGUGUAGAAACUAUUUAACAAAAUGAAUUUAACGAUUAAAACUAAUAAAGCUCAUUUCGUAUCGAUUAAAAAUCUUUGAAAUUUGUAAAGUAUUCAAUCGCAUAUCAGGUUUGCGUAGAUUUUUACAGCAUCGAUAAUGUCCUCAGAGGAGCCGAUGUACUUAUUUGGUGACAGAAUACAACAAAUACAGGUGGGAGAAUAAACUUAAGUAACAGCUUGUUUUCCAUGCACGUAUUCAUAUAUCAUUGUAAAGGUGUCUGUGAGAAACUUAUCAAAAUGUCAAAACAACUUGAAAUUCAAUUUACCUUUUUUGGAUCGACUUUCUGUAAUAGAAAUAGUAAGUUAUAAAUAUUACAAAUGCAGACAUUGAUAAGAAUCAAUGAGAAAUGUAAAUUCUGGUAAAGCUAAUCCAGAGGAACUUUAGAAUCUCUUGAGUUGAUGAAUUUUACCAAAUUUGGAGCACUACUAAAACUGUACUUUUGAAUAUUACAUUUUGUUUGAGGCACUAAUUAUAAGGCUGCUCUGCUCUUUACUUUAUUGACAACGUUGAUAAGAGAUUGACAAGUCCCAGUUUACCGUUUGCCUGUAUUUGAAUUAUUAUUUAUCCUUUUAGCAAUCAUUAAUGACUCUUUACAAUUGAAACUUACACUGGAAAUUUUGUUUUUCAACCAUCAUUAUUAAAUUUCUGCGAAUAUUUUGUAAAAAGGAAUUCGCUGAAAAUAUGAUACUGCUGAAUAGAGGAUUCACCAGCCUAAUCAAAAGUUAAAUGUGUACAUGUUAGACAAGACAGAGAAUUCUUCUCAACCAGUCGGAUAGAAUACUGACGAGAAAUUAUUUGUUCAGUAAAAAUGAAGUGUACCAGCAACGUGGCCGUGGAAAGUGUUGCGUUUGGGUUUGCAGUAAAUAACACAAUAUAACAGAAGUAACAUUUUCCAACAUGAAAAGUUAUUUAUCUUAACAAAUUGAUAUGAAAUGUUGUUGAAAACAAUGAAAAACAGGUUUAAUUGUAUGAAAUGAACGUACAUCUUUUGCCAUAUCUAUUGAUGCAUCGUGCUGAAGAAAAAAUAAAAUAAAUGCAAACGAAACAUUCAAUUACUUGUAUAUGAAUGUUCGACUAAAUUCCAACUAACAGUUCCACAGUAGUUGGGCUCUGAGUUAAUAUAAGGCAUUAAAGAGGAAAUGAUAUUUCUUUUUAAAAUCCCAACGAAUGAACUUCAAAUAAAUAAAACGUUUCAUUCAGUAGUCUGAUUUAGGUUUUUCAAUGGAAAUAUUCAAGUGUCAUAACAAUCGGAUAUAAUGAAUACAAGGUUUAUACAUUGUGUUUUUUUAACAUCUGAAUAUGUCUGGAUGGUUUGUCUAGUACAUGGAUAAUAGAUACUAUUGUUCCCUAAGCAUUUCCCUUUCAAAAGCCUAAGUCAGUGAAAUGUUUAGUUCAUUGUAAGUUGAAUCAUUGAUAAUUUCACAAAUAUAAUUUUCUCCAUAAUAAGUUACUUGUUUGCCAAACUAAGUCUGAAUAAAAUCUCCAAAUAACCAUUUUAUAUUCAGUGUCAAUUCAAGUUACCGGAAUCUCGUGAAACAAGAUGUCGAUUGAUUGACAUCUAUCCUUUCAAAAAGUUGCUUAAUAAUAAAAUGGUUAAAAUACAUUCUCAAAUGUACUAAGAAGGGAAUGAGUAAAAUGAAUAUUUUUCAAUGGUAACAAAAUAUUGGGUUCCAGUAUUUAUUCAGUUAUAAAUUGGAGUGUUGUUUUUUGGACAAAAGCAUCACAUGGUUUAAAUCAACACAAUGAAAUUCUACUAUACAAACGUACCAAUCUGUCAGCCAGUUGUCCCCUAAAAUAGGUAAAAUACGCUAUUGGUAAUAAAAUCACAGACAUAGAAACCAUUCACAGUAAGAAUGUUUUUUUUAAAGCGUUUUUAAUAUUAACAUAUUUUGUUAUGCAAGUCUCAUCAUCAAAUGUGAUAUUUUUAAUUGAAUUCGAUCAGUCCAAAUUUUAAUAUGAAAUCUUUGUAUAUCCGAUGCAGAAAUCGACAUGGUUGAAAGUAAAUAACGUUUCAGAGGGUAUAUAUUUGUCGAAUUACUGACGGUUUUACCCGUGUAUAUGAAUAUAAAAUUCAUUGCAUAUGGAACCCUAAUAGAAACAUCAAAUUACUCACGUGGCUAAUUAGUUUGGAAAUGUUGUUUGAUCGAAAUAGUGGACGAUUCUUGUGCAACAUAUUUCAUCAUUUCAAUGAUCAAAAGAUUUUUGGCAUAUCUGCACAUGUGAGACAUUUAUCUUGACUGUUGUUCUUCAGGUCAUGAUUAACUAUUUCAGUGUUAAAAUAAAAUGGAAAAUAUUUAAUUUGUACAAGAAACCUUCAAUCUUGUGAAGAUGAAUUGGUGAAGGAAUACAAUAUUUGUCAAUUAGUUCGUCUGAAAAUACUUGGUCCUUCUGAAAUUUUAUGGAUCAGGAGACUGUAUCAGACACUGUAUUAGAACGAGAAUUACAUAAUGUGCAAUACUGUAGUCAAAAAAAAAGUUUCAAACAACUUGAACUUUAUAAAGUAUUCGUUAAUUCAUAAACACUGGAGAGUAACGUUCCACUAUAAAUAAUCUACACCAAAUAUAGACAUCUUUUCAAAUAAAUGUAACUUUUGUUUAAUUAAAUAUCUUCUGUACACUGUUAAGUCAUGGGUUCGAAACUCGUGAGUACGGGAUCGUGGAUAAGCACUGCUGAGCUGUCCCACAAUAAUACGAAACGGCCGUCCAGUGCUUUC